AUGAAGCUGCCGUUAACGAUUUGUUGGACGCUGUUCGCAUUCGGCGCAUUGUGUGAAGCUUAUAUCAGCAAAUAUGAGCAAAUGCUGCAGCUCUUCCCAAAGCCCGCAUACCCAGAAUCGAGAACUUGGCGAAGCAACAGUAAUAAAAAUUUAGCUGACCACCCCUGCCGCCGCACAUGUCGGACAGAUCAGCCCAUGACAUGUUACUAUUACUUCGUUGUGCACUACGAUGAGACCUUCAAUCCGAGUUGUGAGCGCUAUCUCGAUUCACGCUUUCGCUUCAAGGUUGGUGGACGCGAAUAUAUCGAUCCCUUUACAGUGCACAACUAUGAAGGAUUCGACGAUUGCAAAUACGCAGAUGGCGUGAAGACGGACGUGAUGGUGGUUAACGGGCAAUUGCCGGGACAAGCGAUAGAGGUGUGUCAAGGUGACACGAUUGUGGCAGACGUUAUCAACAGCAUGCACGACAUCACAACCAUCCACUGGCAUGGUUUGCAUCAGCGACAAACACCACACAUGGAUGGUGUGCCAUAUAUUACGCAAUAUCCAAUUGUGCCGGGUCAAGCGUUUCGCUAUCGCUUCGAGGUGGAUCAUGUCGGCACACAUUGGUGGCAUAGCCAUGUGGGGCAUCAACGUGGGUUCGGUAUAGCCGGCGCGAUGGUGGUGCGGCAACCAAAAGCGGACGAUAUGCACUCUGCUUUAUAUGAUUUUGACCUUUCAGAACACACGAUCAUGUUGCAGGAUUGGAUGUACGACCCAGAAGGUUCCACGCCUCAAAGCAUACUGAUUGAUGGUGUGGGACGAAAAGUACCACCGGCAAACGGUGCCAAGUUGACACACAGUGCGCCCACGCUGUAUUCAACCUAUUCGGUUGUGCGUGGCGGCAGGUAUCGUUUUCGUGUGAUCUUUAACGGUAUAGCCAACUGUCCGAUUAGCUUGAGCAUUGAUAAUCACGAACUUGUUGUCAUCGCCAGCGAUGGCAAUGACAUUGAGCCUGUAAAGGUGCGCAAGAUCACUCUGCAUGGCGGUGAACGUUUCGACUUUGUCUUGCACGCCAACCAAGCCGUCGACAACUAUUGGAUCCGCAUAAAGGGCUACAACUUCUGCAAGCUGAAUAAAUUGCACCAGGAAGCAAUAUUGCACUAUCAGGGUGCAGGUCGCCGUGCGCUACCCACAGCACAAGUGUUCUAUGAGUAUGAGCCUAAUGGCAAGGAACUAAACACUGUCGAUAAACCGCCAACCAGUGACAACAAUUUAAUUACAAUUGCCGACUUGAAAGCUUUGGAAAAACGCACUGCUUCAGCAACCAUUCCUCACCGCACCUACUACACCAGCAUGACUGUGCGCGUACAAAAUGAGCUCCUAUUCCAAAUGGACGAUAUUACUUUCGCAAUACCUUCACGUGUUUCGCUAUUGCAGACUCGCAAUCUGGGUAUUGGCCAAUUUCUUUGCAACAAGACGCAGCAAGCAACGAUGGGCUUGAACUGUCGCAGUCGUCAGUGUAAAUGUGCCAAUGUGAUCGAGGUGCCAGCAUUCAAGGACGUAGAGUUCGUGAUAUCCAGCACCUCCGAAUCAGCGCAUCCUAUCCAUUUACAUGGCUACACAUUUCGUGUAGUGGGCAUUGGGGUACUGGGACCAGAACGCAUCAGAAAUAUCGAGGAAAUUGAUCGUCGCACGCCAUUGCCACGUCGAGAACGUAGUGCUCCACUUAAGGACACCGUGCAGGUGCCUGCCUUCGGUUAUACCAUUCUACGUUUCUACACCGACAGUCCGGGCUAUUGGAUUCUACAUUGUCACAUAUCGACGCACUCAGAGAUUGGCAUGGCGGCAGUGCUGCGCGUAGGUGCUCACAAGGAAAUGAAGACUUGUCCCGUGAGCAACUGUGGCCUCUGCAACUCAGUGCUUUGA